UUUAAAAUGGAAUUUAAUCAUGUUUCAGGCAAGGACGGCUCAAAGGUGACGACUGUGGUGGCGACGCCGGGGCAAGGCCCCGACCGGCCACAGGAGGUGAGCUAUGCUGACAUGAAACUCAUCGGAAACGGCAGCUUCGGCGUCGUCUAUCAAGCCAAACUAUGCGACACCGGCGAGCUUAUUGCCAUCAAAAAGGUGCUCCAGGAUAAGAGGUUUAAGAACCGAGAACUUCAAAUCAUGCGACGACUGGAGCAUUGUAAUAUUGUCAAAUUGAAAUAUUUCUUUUACUCCAGUGGAGAAAAGAAAGACGAAGUGUACCUGAAUUUGGUGCUGGAGUAUAUACCUGAGACUGUGUAUAAAGUGGCACGUCACUACUCCAAAGAUGAACAAACCAUACCCAUUAGUUUUAUAAAGCUGUAUAUGUACCAGUUGUUCAGAAGCCUGGCGUACAUACACUCGCUGGGCAUCUGUCACCGAGACAUUAAGCCACAGAACUUACUUCUUGAUCCUAAGACCGGCGUACUCAAGCUUUGCGAUUUUGGCUCGGCGAAACAUCUCGUUCGUGGCGAGCCUAACGUGUCCUACAUUUGUUCCCGAUACUAUCGCGCUCCAGAACUCAUUUUUGGCGCUAUAGAUUACACCACCAAAAUCGACGUAUGGAGCGCCGGCUGUGUAGUAGCGGAAUUAUUAUUGGGUCAACCAAUAUUCCCAGGUGAUUCUGGUGUUGAUCAAUUGGUUGAGAUUAUCAAGGUACUAGGUACACCGACACGAGAACAAAUUCGAGAGAUGAAUCCUAAUUAUACAGAAUUCAAAUUUCCACAAAUCAAGAGCCACCCAUGGGCUAAGGUGUUCCGCGCGUGCACGCCGCCGGACGCGAUCUCGCUGGUGUCGCGGCUGCUGGAGUACACGCCGGGCGCGCGCCUGUCGCCGCUGCAGGCGUGCGCGCACAGCUUCUUCGACGAGCUGCGCGAGCCCGCCGCGCGCCUGCCCAACGGCCGCCCGCUGCCGCCGCUGUUCAACUUCACGGAGUACGAGCUCAGCAUCCAGCCGUCGCUCAACGACUUCCUGAAGCCGCGCGCGGGCGCGGGCCCGGCGCCGGACGCGGCGGCGGGCGCGGCGCCGGCUGACGACGCGCCAGGCGAGGCGGGCGGGCCGGGCGGGCCGAGCGGCGCCGCGGCGGGCGCGACCUAGACGCCGCGCCGCGCGCCACGUCGGGACCUCGCGCCGCACGACCAGCGCUCCAGCCCACACGCGACCUAGUGAUAGUUACUUUCGUGUUGGCCAUCGGGAAAAUUACAUGCAUAAUAGGUGUUUUCGGCGAGUAAUCGUGUGAUACUGUAGUGUAAUUGUCGAUAAAGCUUGAGCUGUCGUAGUCGGUAAGAAGGGUAAAUCCGUUGUAGAUUCUAAACCGUCGCGAUGUGAUUACUUUGUACUUUUGUAAGCUCAAAUUGUCCCCUUAUGUACAUACCUUAUACGCUGAGUUUGAAUGUUUAUUUAGUAAACGACAGAUAAUAACCGUCUGGAUAAAUUGUUUUGUUUUAUUUUCAUUUUAAAAUCUCGUCAGAUUCUGUCUCUUUUAAAUGGUUUCGCUUAUAAACUGUAGCCUUAAUGUACUCGGUGUGAGACGUUUUUAUCAUAGAGAGAGGUUAGUCACCUGUUUGUUUCACUUGAAUCACCUAUCGAGGGGUAGCCACAUGAUACUUACCUUGCUUGGGCCGUGUAAUCAGUAGGGAAGACAUAUUCAGUAGUGUAUUAGAGUAUUUAUUGUUGAAAAGUAUCACUAACUCAACAAACUUUACGAAGCGUAUGCCUAGUGUUAUUUCAACGAUGAAACCUGGCAAACGAAAUAUUAUGUUGCAACAAUAGUACGCAUUGUAAAUUUUUAUAACUAGCGUAAACUGAUCUCUCAAGAUAAUUUAUAAUAAUGAUAUGAUAUCUCAGAAUAUUUGUAUAAACAAUUCAGAGAGUAUAAAUUUUAGAUGUACUACACAUAUAUAUUUGUUUUUGGCAACUUCUAUGUUAAACAUUUUUUGCUGUAUUUGAAUUAUCCAAUGCUGGAUAAAUGUAAUGUACCUAUUUAAUAAUAGCACUGUCGGUGUCCUAAUUAUAACGACAUAGUUUUUGGAUAAUAUUGUAUUCUAUAUUCAAUAAAUGAUAUUUCUAUUAUAUGAAAUUUGUCAUUGAGAACACUAUGGUUAUUAGUAGUCAUUUAUGAAACGAUGUUUAAAUAAUGGUAAAUUUCAUUGUCAUAGUUUUAAGUAUUCGAGUAAUUUCAUUUUGCACUUCGAUUUUGAAUACAGUUACAAAUUAGGAAAGGUUUAAAACUAUAAGUAUAGACUAACAAAAUCUUUUCUUCAUGGUGUAGAAGUAGCCUAAACGCAAAACUUAUUGGUGUAAUGUCGAUUACCUCUUGCACCAUUAUUUAGAAAAACCUGGUGUUUUAAAAUUCAGGCAACUGAGCACGAUUUUAUAAAUACCUACCUUUAAUAUAUAAAUAUUAUAUUUUAGUCUUAUUUGGACCAACUCAUGGUGACAUGUCAACUGUGCAUGAAAAUAUUGAUUGACUCAAACACCUAAUGAAAUAACAGCAAUCAAUAUUACAGUUAAUUGUUACUUUCUGAUCAUAAUAUGUAGGUUCUUGAAUAUGUUUUCACUGUAUUAUUUACGCUCAGUAUCUUCCGUUUCUGUGAAUGGUUGAUCAAGCAUUAUAAACAUUAUGGUGCGCAUGACUGUUUUUAUAUUUAGUAUAAUAUUUUUUUAUAUUUCGAAGCCAAUGUAUCUCGUAUGUAAUCGUCCUAUUUAGCGCAAUAUUUUCUUAUUCCAUUGUCUCUUAUCUGCAAAUCAGUACAAAUACACAAAUGAUUGACUGGACGACCCUACCACCGUCAAUCAUUUGUUUUUUUAAUUAUACACUAUUUUUAUUCAAUUGUAUGUUCAGAAUUCCAAUUGCCAUGCACAGAAUAUUACGAAUCCCAUUUUUGUAAGAAUACAGCGAAAACUUAUUCAAAACCUUAUAAAUAUUUUUAACUGCUUAGCCGAUUCACUAUAAUAUUAAUUAUUCAUGUUUUUCUAGGCUUAAACCAGGGCCCCGACCAUUAAAAUAAUUAAUUAUAACGUAUCGUUGAUUGUGUACCAUGUUACAACAGGACAGUGUUGAACUCGGUCUUUCUACUCGAUGGCGUCGCGGUGUUUAGGUGGUCCUUUUCUUGUUGCGCCGUGUCUAUGCCUUUGUGAAGAAUCGAGUUCAUUGUUAGGUAUGCCUGUAAUUACUUAUAAAUUAUUGUAUUUUAAGAUAAGCGCGCUGAAGCUGCGCUUCGCUUUGAAAUCACAUAAUAGUGGAUCUUAGUUUUUGUCGUUAAGGCUAUUAAUUUGCUGGAACACCCAUAUAAUUCGUGUAAAUAUAUUAUAAUUAUCUUUAUGGUACGACUCUUGAGUGACGCGUGCGCGCGUGUCGGUGGCAGCGGAGGGAGCGUGACGAGUGUCGCCACCUUACCGCAGCGGACUCAGUAAGAGACAGUAGUUUAGAUAUUACAUGUAUUUUAUUAAGUCUAUCUAUCUAAUAUGAAUUUUGUAAUCGACGUUGCUUCUUAAGACCUCUGUGUAAAAAGUUAUAAGACAUACUAGUGACCUGAAUAUUUGAAGCGAUGUUAUUAAAAUCUUUAUCCCACUGAAUUCUCACUUUCACGAUUUGCGUGCACAUUUACAACAUGAGAAUUUUCCGUAAAAUACAUAGUUCGAAAUGGAGUUAUGACUUAUUAUAUAAAUUAUUUAAAGUAAAAUUUUCUUAUUACUGUAAUAUUAAAUUUAAUAGUGAGUGAAAUUUGUAUUUUGUUUUCAUAUUUGUUUUACUGAAUUUAAAUACUUCAUAACCCUCAUAUCGUUGUUAGUUAUGAAUGAAAAUAACAUAAUUAUUAAAAGUAAAUAAUUAAAUGAAUAGUAAA